UAGGUUGGCAGCGCUGACUUAACCUUAACUUUUGUAAGCUAACCUCGAACUCGUUCCAAAAAACCGCCUAAUGAUUAUUCGUCGCUUAAUUCUUACGUUUUAGUUUAUUUUAGCCGCAUUUUAGUGUUUCUUACUCAACUAUGUUUCCCUUUUUUAUUGUAUUUUUAACUAUAGCUACUCGUACUUAUUGUGAUAACUUUUCCAGUAUUAACCUCCCUGAAUCUCACUUACCAUAUUACUUUACUAACUUUCCAAAAAUCGCAGAAAAAUGUGACAAAGACCCCCAGUGCCCCUACAAAACCUCUCUAAACUUCCCCAAAUGCUGGGGCUACGAAUACAACUGCCCGGAAUCAAACCGCUACUCAGUCCCCCGGUGUCCAGGAGACCACAAAGGCUGGGUUAAGUCCAAAUCCGACCAAAUUAACACAUUUUACACUCAAGCUGAUUUCGGCUUUGUUAAGCAACAAUUACGCGAAAUGAAACUCCUCUGUGAGCCCCUUUUCGCCGACGAUAGCUCUCUCGAAUGUUCGGAACAUCUGCGCUUUUGUCGGGGGCGUAACCUUAUGAUAAAUUUCACCGAUUUGCGGACACGCGAGGAUCCAAUCAGGUACAAAAUGGACGUGUUGAAAGACGGCCAGAUUGGAGGCUACUGCGAUUUUAAAAAAGCGGAACUGGAUAAGCAGACGGACCAUUUAAGCCCCUUGCAGAGUUGGGGCCCCGAAAUGAGGUAUUUCGCUAGACUCACGCGUAGGCCGAUAGUCGAAGGCGAUUGCGAUGUAGUGAUAGAGAAACCCACGUUUAUCAUGAAAAUAGACGCUACCGUGAAUAUGUACCACCACUUCUGCGAUUUCCUCAAUCUAUACGCUUCAAUACACUUGAAUUCGACCCAAUGGGACGCUUUUUCUACCGACGUUCAUGUCUUAAUUUGGGAGACUUAUACCUACAGAUCGGCGUUUGGAGACACUUGGGAGGCUUUCACCGACCACCCUGUUUGGGAUUUGAAGACUUUCAGAGGCGAAACUGUCUGUUUUAAGAACGUGGUGUUUCCCCUUUUGCCCCGCAUGAUUUUCGGGUUGUACUACAAUACUCCUAUUAUCUACGGGUGUGAGAACAGCGGCCUGUUUCAUGCCUUUUCUCAACACAUUUUACACCGGCUCAAAAUCCCCUUCCACCCACGCAAAAACAAAAAAAUUCGAAUUACGCUUCUUACACGGGACACGAAAUAUCGAAGGAUUUUGAACGAGGAUGAACUCGUUGAAGCGUUGGCAAAAAAUCGCAAUUAUGAAGUACAAAAAAUUGUCUACAAUAAGCAAAUUCCGUUCAAGAAACAAUUAGAAAUUACGCGCAAUUCCGAUGUUUUAAUUGGUGUGCAUGGGGCUGGCUUGACGCAUUUAUUAUUUUUACCGGACUGGGCGGCUGUUUUCGAAUUGUACAACUGUGAAGAUGCAAAUUGUUAUUUCGACUUGGCAAGGUUAAGGGGGCUCAAGUAUGUCACGUGGGAGAAACUGGAUAAAUUAAAGUCACAGGAAGACGGGACUCACGAUGGCGGGGCUCAUGCCAAAUUCGCCAAUUACUCUUUUGACGUAAAAGAGUUUUUACGAUUAGUUGCACAGACAGCAAAGCACGUUGAAAGUCAUCCAGGCUUUAAAAAUUUUAUUUCCAAAGUUGAUAAUGAAAUGGACCAUGACGAAUUGUAAUUUUUUACGAAUUUUGACUAAUUGUUACUAAUAAGAUUAAUGUUGACUCUUUUUUAUUUUUUUACAAAAUUAUUUAUUUGUAGGUAAAAACGAGAUAAAUAAACCACUUAAAAGUC